GUAAUGUUACUCCAUAUAAUAUAUCUAAUCCAGUAUUAUUACUGUGUUGCUGCAUUUUUGGACUGACGAAGAAGAAGGUAAGAGUAAAACAAUGUGGUAGUAAUAGUAUGCCACUUCUUGUGCUGAAAGGAUCGAACUAGGCGUUGGAUCUUUCGAAGUUUCAGCUUCCAAGUUCCCAAGUCCCAACCCCUCCUCUCCGUGAGAUCCAAAGCCCCACCGCCGCGCCGCGCCGGAGGAGGAGGUGGGGAGAGAUGCACGGCCGGCCUCGGCGCCCGGACAAGCCGGAGGACGCGGCGGCGGCGGAGGCCAAGGCCGCCAAGCUCCGCGACCUCCAGGCCCAGGUCCUGCGCAACCACCACGACCGCACGUACAGCAAGGAGGCACUCGGGCUGAGCUUCAAGUUGCUUGAGAUUAAUCCUGAGGCGUACACUGCAUGGAACUACCGGAAGCUUGCGUUUCAGCACAACCUUGGGGAGCUUUCUGAGCCGGAGGCCGUCAAAUCUGCCAUUGAUGAUGAGCUCAGAGUGGUAGAGGUUGCAUUGAGGCAGAAUCCAAAGUCCUAUGGGGCUUGGUAUCACCGAAAGUGGUUGCUAAAUCAAAAGCUUGCACCAGUGGAUUUCAAGCGUGAAUUUGGCCUCUUGGAUAAACUAUUGAAGGUGGAUGCGAGGAAUUUCCAUGGAUGGAAUUACCGCAGAUUCCUUGCCAAAUUCAUGGGGGUGCCAGAAGAGGAAGAGCUUAAGUACACAAUGGAUAAGAUCAGUGACAACUUCAGUAAUUACUCAGCAUGGCAUAAUCGCAGUAUACUUUUGUCCAAUCUGCUGAUCAAACGGAGCAAGGGUUUUGAGUCAAAGCAGAAGAUUUUUUCAGAGGAGUUUGAACUUGUAACUCAGGCCCUUUUUACAGACCCAAGUGAUCAAAGUGGGUGGUUCUAUCACCUCUGGCUUUUAGCUCAGACAUCUAGUCCAGAGAAUCCGCAGCUGAUUGCUUCGUGGCCUUCUAAUGGUGCAAAGCUCAGUUUAUCUUCCUCGAGCUCCAUUUGUUGUUACUCACUGAAGGAAGGGAUUCUACCAAUUGUUCUCUAUUUUAAUGAGCCUGUGAAAGGGUUGAGUUCAUCAAGCGUGAAUUUGAAUUCUGAUUUGGUGGUUGGUAAGAACAUUCAGUGGAAGCCCCUUUCAGUAACAGAUUCUGGACAUUCUAACUGCUGGGUUACUUAUCUUGAGGUAUCAAACUUGGAGUAUAGCAGUCUGCAGCAAUUUUCAGUUGAAGUGAGCAUAACCAACUUAGAUGAAAUUGUGUCCAGAACUGGUUCUAAUUUUUGCUGUCCCAUGCAUUUCUCGUUUACCGUUGAACUAAGCAGCAUUGACAGUACAGACCAGGAUACGGACCCAAUUCAUGAUUUAAUCUCAUGGGAUUUCUUAGACCCACUUCCAUCUCAUGUAAAUCCCAGUUGCACCCGUUUUGAGCUCCUAAAGAUUACUGAUGCCUCGGUUCACGAGGAAUCAAAUUGGCAUUUGGAAAGAUUAUCUGAUGAAAUAGACCUUUUUAGAGAAUUGCCUGAUGACAACAGCAAGUUUGCGAAGUUGACUUUAGCACGGUUAUUGCUUGCUUGUGCUGCAAUAAAGUCCCGUGGAAGUUCUCUUGUUGAAAGGAAGGGAUACUGUGAAGAGGCACUAAGGCUCUUUAAUGACUUGAUCCACCUGGAUCCAUCUCAUAAAAGGUACUAUGAGGAUGAGCGGAGCCUAGUCCUAGUGGAUCAGUUAACAUGUGACAUGGAGGCUGUCAAGAAGUACUGUUCUGUCAAAGUUCUGCCCAAGUUAGCUCCAUUAAACCAUGUGCAGCUUUGCAGAUUAUCUUUAACACGUAUUGGAUUUGCAGAACGCUUGUUGUGGGUUCAAAUUUUGGACCUAAGCCAUAACAACCUCAGAUCGAUUGAAGGCUUGGAGUCUUUGCAGCAGCUUGUAUGCUUGAACCUCAGCAACAACCAGAUCAGUAGUUUCACAGCACUUGAACCACUCACGAAGAUAAUUUCUUUGAAAGUAUUGGAUUUAUCUUCCAACGAGAUUGGAACUCACCCGAUCGACACGGCCCGGUAUAUCUGCCCAUCGCCAUUCUCACAUAAAGUUGAAGCAUGUGAAGCUUUUGAAGAGUGCCUGAAGAAAAAUAUCAACGUGGAGGAAUUCUGGGAUGCCAUAUUAUUAUUCAAAAAUGUUAAUUUGGUACAGCUUUGUCUUGAAGGAAAUGCAGUUGCCAACAAGGAGGGCUUCAUGACUCUUGUUGUGACACUCAAUCCAUCUCUGAAAUGGCUUGACGGGGCAUGUGUUCAUUAACUGUUUCUCUUCAUUGGUAAAGAUACAAAUUGGAUAGUCUGGUCAUGUUGUAUACAAUUUUGUCUGAUUUUAGGAACGCAAGUGCUAUUUUUUGAUACGGUCCAUGCGUACUGGAAUACUCGUAGAUUUCAAAGGAAAUUUAAGACAUGGUCAUGUUAUUUAAGAGUUUUUUCUGUUUUAAAUGAAUGAACAGUUCCUUUAAAAAACGAUGAUAUUACAGAGCUGAAGAAAUUUCAUUGUGUUUCAUGAUGCGCGAUCAGUUUGGAGC